AUGCAGCUAGAGAGUACCUUCAGCAGAGAGAGGUCACAAGCUAACGAAGCUAGARUGCCUGGCGUAGCAGAGAGCACUCCCAUUGGUCUUUGGCUGUACUUUUGCAGUUCCUUUGAGCUAUAUUUGACGCUGCGUGCCCUGUUGGGGCUUGUCUCCGUCUCUGUGACCUAUUCGGGCCUCAUUCUGGCAAUCGAAUAUGUGGAUGGCAAGUGGCGGACAAUAGCCGGCAUGUACAACCUAUUCCCACUGCCAAUAUCGUAUAUGAUAAUAUCUGGAUUGGCCUAUUUGACGCAAGACUAUCAACGUUUGCAGCUGUGCAUUGGUCUCCCAGGCAUUUUCCUCUGUUUUCUCUGGUUUGUGGUGCCGGAAUCACCGCGUUGGCUGCUGGUCAAGGGUCGCAUUGAGGAAGUGAAACGCAUCAUUGAAGCUGCGGCCGUUUUCAAUGGACGCCAGCUGCCCCCGGACUAUCAGCUGACGCCACCUACGCAGGAGAGCAGCUCACAAGACGUCACGUAUCUGUUCCGGUCCAGCUACUUGAGGCGCAUCUCCAUUUGUUUUCUGUGCAUUUGGUUCACCAUGAACCUGGUCUACUACGGCAUUAUCUUGAAUAUGAGCUCGUUCGGAGGCAAUGUCUACUUGAAUUCGGCGCUAGCUGGCCUAGUCGAAAUACCUGCCAUUGCGGUGGCCAUGUACAUUAUCACCAAGGUGGGCAAAAAAUGGCUCUUUUGUGCCACCCUGUUCUGUGCCGGCGUCGCUUGUUGCUGUGCUGCGAUCACUGAGGGACGCGAGGACAUGCUCUGGCUGAAGAUCACAUUCCUGAUGAUGGGCAAGUUUACGAUCAGCGCUGGCAAUACCAUCAUGCCGGUUUACACCGCUGAACUGUAUCCCACGCCCAUACGCAAUGUGGGAGUGGGCGCUUGCAACAUUGCUGCUGGAUUGGCGCUCAUAUUAACGCCCUACUUAUCGCUACUGAACAAAAUCGAAGGCCACCUGCUAAUGACGCUGCUCACCGCUUGGAGCAUUUUUGGCGGCUUUGUGGUGCUCUUUCUGCCGGAGACAGCGGUGCGAAAAAAUGCACCGUCCGCAACAAAUCGCCAGAAUGCAGCUAAGCAGGUGUAAUAAAUUAUAGAGACGUUGCUCUAAUACGUCACACCGUACUCCCAAUACUCCUGUCACCUAAGAAAUAUUUUGGCUGGUCCAAAGUAUGUAAAUGAGCACACAGGCUACCAGAGAACUACUUAAUAUCAAGCAGUACCCACUUGAAUCGCUGCCCAGCCCCGAUUUGACAUAUCCACCGCCUCAGCCACCGCCACCUUCUACUAACCAAGAACUCAAGUAAAUAAAAUAGCGCAAUUAAUCGAAUGUCCACGGAAUGCCAUAAGUCUAAAAGUCAGGCAGGACCUUAUUUGCGUAGCAAGUAGUGAGUAUUUAAAAUUGAAAUAAUAUAUUAAAACAAAAAUGUUAUUCGUAAUGUAAUAAUGGCUUUUAGCUUAUAAUAGUCUAAGAGUAAAUAAAUAAAUCUUGUUAACGAUGUCACAAUUCGGAGUAGGUCAAUCUCUUCGGUAUCAUCGAAGAUGUACAAAUUUCACAUAAAUAUAAUACAACAGGAACUU